AUGGCUGCCUGCUGCCCCUCUGACUCAUGGCCGCGUGCGGCAGACGACGGAUACAAAGCCAAGGGGCAGAUGAGCACCAUCGGCGAUUUGCCGGUGUACAUCUCCGGUAAGCCGGGCCCACGCGCCAUCAUCGCUUUUCAGGAAGUCUUCGGGCUGAGUACGAACCUCAAACGAAUCUGCGACAUCCUGGCGGAGGCGGGCUUUUAUGUGGUGUUCGUGGACAGCUUUCGUGGCGACACUCUCCCAGAAGAUGGCGCCUUUUCCAAGAUGACCUUCACAACGCCACGGGCUGGCCCAGAUGUUCCCUACACAGGGCUCCUCCUACGGGCCAUUGAGAGCUUGAUGUGCGGCUAUUGGCCCGCGUGCUGCGAAGGGAUGAGGAUUAGCAAUAUUCGCCAGGUCUUCACCUUCAUGAAGAAGUACCCUUGGGAGCCGUGCAUCCGAAGAGACACCGAGAAUGUCAUGGCAUGGCUGCGCGAGAAAGGCUGCACCAGCGUUGGGGCCAUUGGCUUCUGCUGGGGCGUCUGGGCAUUCUUGAAGGCCUCCUCAGAAGGUGUGCCUUUGAAGGCUGGGGUUGGCCCCCACCCCAGCAUUCACGUGGAGAACUCCGUGUUUAGUGGCAGUGAGAUGGCCAUGAUCUCGAAGGUUCAGAUGCCCGUGUUGCUGCUCCCCGCUGGCAACGACCUGCCAACAUACAAGCCCGGGGGGAAAGUCGCAACGGCUCUGGAAGAGAAGGGUGGCUCCUGCCACCUGUACUCUGAAAUGCGUCAUGGCUACGCUGCGCGCGGGGACCUGACGUUGCCAGCCGUCAAGCGAGACUUUGAAGAUUGCAUGAAGCGGAUGAUCGAACAUUUUAACAAGCACCUGUAG